AUGGUCGAAAAUGUCAUAAUAUCGAUCAGAAUUGCUGGAAAUUAUAAAGUUAGGGUAACUUUGGAAGGUUACGAUCAACUGAAACCCGCCGAAUCUGAAAUUUUCCUUAAAAAUUCGUUUUUCAUUGGAAAAUCAAGGUUUUAUGGAAAAUUUCCAGAUUUCGCACAAGGGAAACCGCAAGCUUCCUCGAAUUGAUGAAUGACUUCAGAUUUUCAGCUGUGAAUAUUUUCGUGGUCAAAAAAUGCACCAAAAUCGGCAAGAUAAAAACAAAAGAGGAAAAAAGAAUUGACUUUUUCCUUAUAAAAUAAUAAUUUCACGUGAACAUUUGACGUGGUUUGUGAGACGAAGAUAUUAUAAAAUCAUCAAAACCUCUCAUUAUUACAGUUCAUCAUUCAAAGAAAAUGCCGAAUCUGGAUUUCAAUUAUAAAAAGUUGGAAAAUUAUAUGGAUGUGAUCUUUCAAUCCGGGAAAUGCUGGUUAGUUUGAGAAAAAUAAUGAUAAUUCUACAAAUGAAUUGAUUUUUAAGGGGCAAAUGGAAUAUGGCUGAAAAUGGAAAAAUAAUAUUCGAAAAACUCGGAUUCCAGGAAGAUGAAUGUUCUCCACAACAUCUCACUUUAUUUAUAACACCAUUCAAUUCUUCAGAGAAUUCACAAAGUUUGAUGGCUAUUUAAUGGGUGAGUAUCAUAAUUUCUAUUCAUAUUAUUUCAGAAAACUGAUUUUUUUCAGUUAGGACAACAAGUCACUUUCACAACAAAUGCCAUGACUGCUGUCAAAUUAUAGUGAAUAAAGUAUCAACUAGUUUGUGAAAUGUUCGAAUCAAUUGAUGAUACAAAUACAUCAUUAUCAUUUAUGUCGAACAAAAAUCAUCUUGAAACAAUUCGCUAGAAACUGUAAGUUAUAUAUCAACAUAUGUAAAUAAUUUUGGAAUAUUAUUGCAGUUAGCUGAUAUUUCCGCUACUGUAAGAGAAAAACGACAGAAUUCAUAUACAUCUUCCUCGAGUUGUUCGUUAAACAAUACUUCGAAAAAUGAUGGUCACAAAUUGGUUGAACUGGAAUCAGAAAUCAAUUUGAUUUCACUCAAAACACAUGAAGAAAUUGAACCAAAAACUCCGAAAUUAGAUGAAGAAUUGCCAUUAUUGACUGAAGAUGAGGAAAAAGAUGCGAAAACGGAGGAAAUCAUUGAUCAACCAAAUUUUUAUAAUGAAUUGAUGAAUUCUGAGAAAAGUGUAGAAUCAAUGUUUAUGCAGAAACACAAACAGUCUUAA